GAUUAACAGGAAAAGCUGGGAAGGACUGAGGGAACAAAGGGACUAGUGAACAUGGUGAACAUCUGAAAAACCAUCCCGAAGAAAACUUCAGGACUAAACGAAGAAACCAUCCUAACUGAACGAAGAAGAGCGGUAGAGCUUCCCCCAAGCGCGGUCGCAGCCUACCCACCCUCCAAGAAUUUCUCCUCAAAGUUGAUCUAAAGCAGUUUUUGUUGUUUUUAUUUCAACAUGAAUGCUGUUUAUCGGGGAAAGGUUUCGGGGUCAUGAAAACACCACGAAAUGGAAGACGGAAGGAAAUUGAGAGAAAGGAGUCGCGAAUAAACAAUUAUUGAAUAUUUUCGGCUUGGAUUUAUAGAAUUGAGUGAAAUAAGGACUUUUCUAAACGAGUGAUUGUGUAUUGUUUAAAAUUUUCCGAUCAUUGGUGCUACCCAGAAAAAAUGAGUGUUCAUAUAUUCUAGUGGAGUUUUCCCCCAAAAGUUUCGUGACUAUUGCUUGUGAUUUCGUCCUGGAAUAGAAUGCAUAUGGCAGAAAAAAAUAUGUAGAGACAAUCUUAUGAAUGUGAGGAAGUUUAUGAAGAAAACUGGUUAACGCUGGAAUGUCCUUAGUUGGUUCCUGUAAUAUUGGCAGUUUCGCGGCUAUGUGAGAUGGAAUCUAAACCGUUUUCUUAGUUCAUUAAUUUCAAAGUCGGGAUAUUUCCUUUUUAGGUUUUGACGAAUUGACGACAUUGGAUACCAAGCAUCGAAAAAGGAUACAAAAAGCAGUGGCCGUUUCACAAUUGAAAUGAAACUAAAAUAUCCUGAAGCGUGUUCGCAUGCAUUAGCAUAUUCGUGACCGAAUUUUGUGUAGAAGUCCUUGGUGCCGAGAGAGAAAGAUGAAAAUGUGCGUGAAUAGUCCUUCAAAAUUUACUUUGAGGACACGUUUAGCCUUGUAGUGGAUACAACGAUAGGUAGAUUAUGAAAUUGAAUUCCAACUCAAUGAACAUCUGUGCCAAAAAGUGAAAGUAGAUGGUGUUGUGUUUGUGGUGUUUAUGAGCAUAACCAUAAUACGGACGUCUUGUUUGUCGCAGCGGUGCACCCAUCGAAAUUGUCUGAAUGUCUACGGACGAUGGAAUCGACUAUCACAAACCCCUUCCGCAAUCACAGCAGAAACACCAUCUUCAUCAUUCCCAGAAUCAACAUUCCCUUAUAUCAUCCGGUCCGUCGAAUUCAUCGUUGAGUCCUAGCUCAUCAGUGACUCCGACGCAGUCACAGCAACCAUCACUGAACAGUCUAGGUCUACAUCAGCAAUCAUCGUCUUCUGCUGCUUUAACAGUCAACACAAUUGAGCGCCGAAGGAAAUCCUCACUGAGCUAUCAGUACCAACUCCAGCAGAUAAACUCUGCAGAUCUAUGCGUUGGAUCGGGAUCACCCUGCCCAUCUUUGGAACCAACUUUAGCCGUUAACGCUUCCCAAACGAUCGCCAACAAUGUCUGUUCAUCGUCGUUGCAAUCGGGGCAGAACUACUCACCAAGUCGUUAUAGUCAGCAACAUCAACACCAACAACAAGAUGGUUGCCACCUAUUCAGUGGUCGACUCUCCCUCCAUUCGAUCGAUCGCUACGACGAUUCCUUGGCCACAUGUUGCUUACCUCCGCCAUCGCCUGCUCCCAAUAGUGACCGCUUCGUUAUGGGAAUACCAUCGCCUUCGAUUUCGAGUACCCAGCAAAUCCAUCAUUACGAUCAGUCGCCGGUGCAGCAUGGCUCGUCGAAUCUCAAAUAUGGUAGCAACACCCUUCAGCGAACCCUUUCACCGAGCUCACGAUACCGCAUGUCAGAGCGUUAUCGGGAGGCUUUCCCACGGUGUGAUCGCUUCGUAACAGCAACUCAUUUUUUGGCAAACAGCACGCCACUUGUCUCCAGUGAUACCUAUGCAUAUUUGUCAUCAGCUGUACAUACACCUGUAAAGCGGUAUGUCCCAACGCCACCACCCCUUACCGAGAUCUACACAGACAUCUCCCAAUCAUCUCAUUCACCUUCACAAUGCUCUAACAACGGAGGCGGGGGAUCGCAACUACCUCAAGCGCAAAACAUCCCGCCUCAAAACCAGCAACAUCAGCAACAUGCAAGCGUAAGCACACUACCCUAUCGCUUCCGGAUGAAAUGUUGUUCAGUAGCAGACCAGGGUUCCAGCACUUCUGGUCUCCAGCCAUUACCACCUCCAGAGCAACGAAUAAGCGUCACAGAUCACUACGUAACUACGCCACGCAUGAGACCCAUGAAAUGCCACAUGAACGGAUCCUCUUCAAAUCAACAGCUAUCCAUUGCGACUGCUACCCCUUCCCCUACUGUUGUCCACCCCACUAAUCAGCCAGUUGCUCGACAGACUCGAGCCGCCUGUGUGGUAAGCGAAUAUAUGCAUAGGACCCCUAGCGUGGAAUUCUUGGGAACAGGAAAUGGACGAGUCGUGACUCCGGUGAGCGUCAUGUCUGAACCAAAUAGCAGCACAUGCUUGCAUUGUAGCACAAUGCGCCGUACAACAGGAGUCCACCAAACGACACAAACCACUGGACCAACCAGCCCCGUCCUACAAAACUCCACGACGAUGAAUGCACCUGCGUCCAAUCUUGGAGGAAUCGAAUCGACUUCAACCUGCGGUGACCAGUUCAAUUCCACCGCUUCCCCAACGCCUUCUUCAAACCCAUCGCAGACUUCUGCGGGGGCGGUGCAACCUCAGCAACACCAUCCCAAUCCUGCAAACUACCCUCCCGUUCAAUCAGUACCCCAGCCGCAACCAAAUCCUCAGAUGUUGUCCUCACAUUCUGGACUAAUUGGUAGAGCUCCUCAACCGCAGCCUGUACCGCAACAACCACAGCCGCAACCACAAAUCCAGCAUCAUGCUCUGCCAGUAUCAUCACAACCCUUGCCACACCAUCACGCUAGUUUGAGUAGUCACUCCGUGAAUAAUUCAGCGAAUAACGUGCUAAGUGCAACCCCACAACGCAACGGAACUCUCACGAUUCGUCAGCAAAUGCAACGUCUUUCACGCAAACAGCGUCUGCGGGAGUAUGUCCGCCGUGAAAUAGCCAAAUUUUUCGGGGUUGAUGUACAGACAGAAGAGGAUGAACAACUUAAGUGGAAUGAGCGUCAGAAACGUUUAGCUCUGCGUCGAUUUGGACCACUUAAACCAGAGUUGGAGCCAGUAUAUAUUGGAUCACGAUUAAGGGGCGAAAGAAGGUCCGGAGGCCAAUACAAUCCCUCUCCGCAAGUUGGAGAUCGCCCAGAUAUCCUCCCGGCACAAACUACGGACGAAAACCAGAUCCACCACCUGUACAACAGCUGCGAAUCCGGAGGCUAUGACCACGUUCCGAUCGAAAAGAAGGCAUCUGUCCCCAGCAUGAUUGCUUCCGGGUUGUCUUACAUAAUCCAGACCCUUAACAAGAGGCAACAGCGGAACCAGAAGCAAUGGUCGCGAAGCUUCGCCCCGACUCACAUAACCACACUGAAUGGCGACAAUCCAGGCGAUAUGUGCGAAGGCCUAACAGCCCUUCAGGAGGAUGAGGUAUUCUUUGAUAUCGGUGGGAAUGAUCUGGGCUGCGCGAAUGGUAACCAGGGACCUAACGGUGGCCAGAAUCAUCAGAAUCUUCAUGCUCGUCAGAUUUAUAUGGGAGAGCGGGUUCAUGGCUGGCGCACCUCGGGAGAACACCAGCAGUACCAGCACUAUCACAAUCACCAUCAACAGGCACAAAAUGUUGGGUCCUGUAUGGCACCCGGAAACAACGGAGGAAACGGUGCGGCAGGUACCAUCAAUGGCGGUGGUGGACUAUUAGGCAGUCAACAGCGAGGUGGCUACCGCGGUACUCGUAUAUCACCCCAACUCCUUGACGGUGUCCUGGACAAUUCACGACGUCCUGUCGCUCACAAAGUCAAGUUAUUUCGUUCCCAUGAGCUGGAUGAUCGUAACGACCACCGCCCCUUUUUCACGUACUGGAUUAAUACUGUUCAGAUCCUAGUUUUGAUAUUGUCCUUGAUUUGUUACGGUAUUGGUCCGAUUGGUAUUGGGGUCGAACAAAAAUCAGGACAGGUGCUGGUAACAAGUUUGAGUCUGCAAACCGUUCAACAUCAGGAGCAGAGAAAUGUAUGGAUAGGUCCGCGUGGUCAUGAUUUGGUUCAUUUAGGUGGUAAGUUUGCCGCUUGCAUGAGAAGGGAUGUAAAAAUUAUCGAAGUGAUAGCGAAAACACGGCGCCAGGAACGAGAGACGGCUUGUUGUAUUCGAAAUGACGAUUCAGGAUGUGUACAGAGUUCACAAGCUGAUUGUUCGGUGCGGGGACUAUGGCCAACGAAGUCGAUAUCUACCUGGAAAAAAUGGUCACCUGGUGAGUCGGGUCCAGGUGGCCGUAUAUCGGGAUCAGUAUGUGGUUUGGAUCCGAAAUUUUGUGAUGCUCCAGCUUCCAUUGCCCCGUACGAAUGGCCCGACGACAUAACGAAAUGGCCAAUCUGUCGUAAGACCAACUCAUUUUCACAACGAUUUCGCUUCAAGGAUCAAACGGCCGAGCAUAUGGUUUGUGAAGUAAUUGGACAUCCUUGCUGUACGGGGGUGUUUGGGGAGUGUCGCAUUACAACUCGGGAAUAUUGUGAUUUUGUCAAUGGGUAUUUUCAUGAGGAGGCGUCGCUCUGCUCGCAGGUGUCAUGUCUGAAUAACGUUUGCGGAAUGUUCCCCUUCUUUUCGACCGAAGUUCCAGAUCAAUUCUAUCGUCUUUUCACAUCAUUGUGCUUGCACGCGGGUAUCAUACAUUUAGCUAUCACGGUUGCCUUUCAACAUAUAUUCUUAGCAGACUUAGAACGUUUGAUAGGACCAAUUCGAACGGCUAUCGUGUACAUCGGGUCCGGGCUAGCAGGCAAUCUAACUAGUGCAAUACUUGUCCCAUAUAAACUUGAGGUUGGACCAUUAGCAUCAUUAGCCGGAGUAUUAUCGUCACUGGUCGUAUUAUUGCUGCUUAUACAUUGGAAACAAUUGAAAAAACCGCAUUUAGCUCUUAUGAAAUUGACGGUUCUGGUAGGAACGCUGUUUGGUAUGGGAACAUUACCUUGGCAGCAAAAUUUUGCUGGACUGAUAGCUGGACUUAUGUGCGGUAUGCUGUUGACAAUUGCUUUAGUACCAUUCGUUAGUGUAACGAAAUAUGGAAGAAAAUCAAAAAUUAAUUUAAUAUGGACUUGUAUGCUUUUUCAUCUGUUCGUUUAUGCAGUAAUGUUCGUUAUCUUUUAUAUAUUUCCAACCGAAUUUACAUCCUUUAACUUUGGUGAUGUGCUAAGCGGAAGUAUGGGAACCGAUGGAGCUGGAGGUUCGAGCGGUUCAUUCGACACUAACAUAUUAGGUGGCGGUAACACAAUUCACCAACGACAUCAUCACCACGGCGGUGAAGAUAUUGCAAUGAAUGGGGGUGUCAUGCCACCCUCAUCCCUAUCUAGUAACAAUGACCAAGUUAGCCGAAAUGGUAGUCCGCUGUUCACGUCAAUGUUUCAAGAACAACAGUCGAGGUACCAACAGCAAACCAUGCAGAUACAGCACCAUCGGAAUCUCAAUGGAAACAACAUGAAGACCUUCAGUAGUAGUUCGAUUGUAGCAUGCGAGAAGGGAAGCUGCGCACCACCCUCCAGGGAUAAUAUGAUUACCGCUGGAGCGGAAGCUUUGACAGGUUCUGGCCAAUUGGGAGCUGGUCGUGGACAUGCGGACGGCAUAGAAAUAUCAGUAAUGGACUUUAUAGAUGCAAAAAAUGGGGCUGUUGAGGAUAGACUCGCCGAUAACAGCUUAUCUGAUAAUAGGGUAAAGUUAUUUAGUAAUAAUAAAAAAAAUCUAAACGUCAACCUGGCAAGCACUGUAAGGAAACGGCUGCUCAUGACCGAUAGUAUCAAUGAUGCAAUUGUGGUCCUUCGUGAGAAUAAUGUAAAUAGCCAUCAUUCAACAAAAGGGCAAGUUGAAUUGUACCAGAGGAGAGGGGAUACGGCCGGUGACGAGGACGACAAUUCAGCUAAUGAAGACAAUUUCGUCAGUAACAGUCAUAUGCUGGGCAUUAAAUAUGCAUGCCACCAAGUGAAUUAUAUUCUAUUAUUCAUGAUAUAUUACAUAAUUAUCUUAAUUGUAUAUUAACAGAGAAUGAAACGACAAAAAAACACUCCACACAAACUAUAUGAUAAAAUAAAUUGUAUGAACAACAAAUUAUAACACACAUACAUACAGACACAUACACAAAAACAAACUGAUAUUGAAUAAAGCAACAAUUAAAAAAAAAAAAACCAGCAAACAAAAACUGAUAAGAACGAUGGUGAAUAAAAUAAAUUGCAAUUAUUGCAAAA